AUGAAACUCUUGUCCACCAAAGCAACUUGCAAUAGUCAUGGCCAAGAUUCUUCAUACUUCCUAGGUUGGGAAGAAUAUGAGAAGAAUCCUUAUGAUAAUGUUCACAAUCCCAAAGGAAUCAUUCAAAUGGGUCUAGCAGAGAAUCAACUCUCUUUUGAUCUCUUGGAAUCAUGGUUAGCUAAGAAUCCAGACGCUGCUGGAUUCAAAAGCGGAGGAAAGUCCAUAUUCCGCGAACUUGCUCUCUUCCAAGACUACCAUGGUCUCCCCUCCUUCAAAAAUGCAUUGGUAGAUUUCAUGGCUGAGAUUCGAGGAAACAAGGUUACUUUUGAUCCCGACCACAUAGUUCUCACCGCAGGUUCUACUUCAGCAAAUGAAACUCUUAUGUUCUGUCUCGCCGAGAAAGGAGAAGCAUUUCUUCUUCCUACUCCUUACUAUCCAGGAUUUGAUAGAGAUCUUAAAUGGAGAACUGGCGUUGAGAUUGUUCCAAUACAAUGCAAUAGCUCCAACAACUUUCAAGUUACUGAACAAGCAUUGCAACAAGCAUACCAAGAGGCACAAAACCGCAACCUUAAAGUCAAAGGAGUGAUGGUUACAAACCCGUCAAACCCGCUAGGCACCACAAUGUCAAGGAGUGAAUUGAACCUUCUCGUCGACUUCAUCGAAGAAAACAAAGACAUGCAUUUGAUAAGCGACGAGAUUUACUCCGGGACUGUUUUUACCUCUCCGAGUUUCAUCAGCGUCAUGGAAAUUCUUAAAGAAAGAAACGAUCUUAAGAAUUUCAAAGACAUUGAUGAAAUAAAGGAGAGAGUUCAUGUUGUCUAUAGUCUUUCCAAAGACUUGGGUUUGCCAGGUUUCCGCGUCGGCGCUAUUUACUCCGAAAAUGACACGGUUGUCGCCGCUGCAACGAAGAUGUCAAGCUUCGGUUUGAUUUCAUCGCAAACACAAUAUCUUCUCUCCGCUAUUCUUGGUGACAAAAAAUUCACCAAAAACUACUUAGCAGAAAACUCCAAGAGACUCAAAAAAAGACAGACCAAACUCGUUUCAGGUCUACAAAAAGCAGGAAUCAACUGCUUAGAAAGCAAUGCUGCAUUAUUUUGUUGGGUUGAUAUGAGACAUCUUCUCCACUCCAACACUUUUGAAGCUGAAAUGGAGCUAUGGAAAAAGAUAGUGUACCAAGUUGGGUUGAACAUUUCACCUGGUUCAUCUUGCCAUUGUAAUGAACCAGGUUGGUUUCGUAUGUGUUUUGCUAACAUGUCGGAAGAGACUCUGAAACUAGCAAUGAAAAGGUUGAAAGCUUUCGUUGUUGAGUCCACCGGUGUUACUCCUCGAAGCACAUCUCAGUCUAAGAGAAAAUCAGUACUCACUAAGUGGGUUUUUCGGUUAUCGUCUCGCGGUGAUCAUCGUGAUCAACAAGAAGAACGUUAA